AUGUUGCUUUGGCUUUUCUUCAUUGUGCUGAUUUACGUAACAGUGAAGUUGGCAGGAGAGCGUGGCGAGAAUAAUGUUAAGACUCCUUCUGCCCAUCCAGGUGGUUCAUUAGGGUCUCCAGGAAAGAGAAAGGAAAAGGCUUCCUCCAUCAAAGACUGUAUGUUCAAUACCUUAACCCUGCUCAAGAUGGACCUUGUGAAAUUUGUGUCCAGUGUGCAGAAUCUGAAACUCGCCAUGGCAACUGACAGUAACUUCAACCUUCCCAAUGUUGAGGUUGAGGUUCCUACGGAUGCACACAAUAACAUUACAGUAUAUGAGCUCUCGGGCAACAAAGACUCCGAUUGA